AUGCAUUUGACCAACAGAGUUGACCAUGAAAAAAGAGAUAUGGAAAUUGAUGAUUUACAGACACCUGAUCAGGUUGUUGAUGAAAUGGAGGUAACAGUUUCAGAUGGAAAACGGGAAAUGUAUGAAAUAUAUUUGGAACAUUUAUCAAAUGAAUCAACUGAAGAAAUGGAGAUUUACUUAAGCAUUAUGAGUGAUGUUGUUGGAGGAUAUGAGAAUGCAAUACAAGUACUAGUGGGUAAUAAGCAUGAUAUGAAUAAUUGCUUUUUGGUCAACCUUACAAGAAGUUAUAACGAGGAAGAAGGAAGACAGAUGAGAAGUUUCUGGAAAUGA